GUACAAGGAGGCUUUGAAAGAGGGGAAGACUGCCCUCAUGACACGAGAAGACCCUGACUCAAGCGACAUUCUCACGCUUAACCUCGGCAACUUUCCUGCGGGAACGAGGGCCAAGGUCACCCUUCGUCUGGUGAUGGAGUUGAGGGUUGAGACAGACGGCAUCAUCAGCUUUGUUUUGCCCACAGUACUCAACCCGCGCUACACCCCUGCUGACCACCCUCGCAGGCAAGAUUGGGACUGGAGGUGGGAGGAUCGAGGGGUGUAUGUGACACAGCCUUACUCCAUGGAGGUGAAGGCACAAGUAUGUGGUAACCACCAGAUAUCUCGGAUCGUCUCCCACACUGACCCACUCAACGUGACCCUGACUGAUGAUGCCAUGUCUGCCCAGGUGAGCCAGGACGGAGGGUUCAGCUGCGACCACGACUGGAGCAUGCUGGUGUACUACAGGAGUGCCUACCGGCCCCACCUGUUGCGGGAGACCGGUGAACGCUCUGCCACUGGGAUCAUGAAGGAUGACCUGCUCAUGCUGAACCUCUUCCCAGAGGUGCCCAUCAACACCUACUCCAGCAAGAAUGAGAUUAUCUUUGUCAUCGACCGCUAAGGUGAGGUGGAGGCA